AUGUGUUCUGAGGAGCACAUGGUCAACCAAACCCCGCACUGGGAGUACGUCAACAGCGGACCGGCAGACGACGGACAGGAAGACGACGAACGGACGAAUAACCGGCACGCAUACAACGGACACGCUCGGAACAAGCCUGAAAAUAACGAGCAGACAGCCAACAAGCAGACAACCAACGAGCAGACAACCAACGAGCAGACAACCAACGAGCAGACAACCAACGAGCAGACAACCAACGAGCAGACAACCAACGAGCAGACAACCAACGAGCAUCCACACAACCAAAAGAACAGUCACGAUCUCUAG